CAAAAAAGAAAUGGAAAAACAGAAAAAGGUAUGUCGACCAUAGACAUACAUACACAUAGACCAUGCAUCAUCAUGAUUGAUCGAUCAUUUAUUCACACCAACACCAUUCAUCAUCAUCAUAAACCCCAAAACAGACUCUAAAAUAAAAUUUCGUAGUAUAAAUAUAGACGAAAGGUCUCGUCUUUCUCUCACUCCUCCGACUCUGUCUCCACCCACUUCCUUCUCCCACUACUUUCUCACUAAACCGAGUCACCAUGGCCAAGAAGAAGACUAACAACAACGAGAACAAAGGAGACGGUGGUGCCAAGAAAAACAAUGAUUCCGCCGCCGAGAAGAAACCGGCGUCCGUCACCGUCGUUUUGAAGGUUGAUAUGCAUUGCGAAGGCUGCGCUUCCAAAAUCGUUAAAUGCGUUCGUGAUUUCCAAGGCGUUGAGACUGUGAAAUCGGAGGCGGCGUCCGGGAAAUUAACGGUGACCGGAGCAGUGGAUCCGGCUAAACUCCGGGAGAGACUUGAAGAGAAGACAAAGAAGAAAGUCGACCUGAUUUCUCCUCAGCCCAAAAAGGAGAAAGAGAAAGAGAACAACAACAAUGACAAUAAGGACAAAAACAAAAGCGAUGGAGACAAAAACAAGGAAAAGAAUUCGGAGGAGAAGAAGCCAGACAACGAGAAAAAACCCAAAGAGGCUCCGGUAACAACGGCGGUAUUGAAGCUGAACUUCCAUUGUCAAGGCUGUGUUGGGAAAAUCCAAAAGACUGUCACAAAAACCAAAGGUGUAAACGGGAUAACAAUGGACAAGGAGAAGAAUUUGGUGACGGUUAAAGGAACAAUGGAUGUGAAAAAGCUCGUCGCGAGUUUGACGGAGAAGCUGAAGCGUCCAGUGGAGAUUGUGCCGCCGGCGAAGAAAGAUAAGGAGAAUGGUAACGGAAAAGAGAACGAAUCUGGCGAUAAGAAGAAAGGAGGAGGCGGAGACGGCGGAGGAAAGGAUAAUGCCGGUAAUAAAGGAGGCGAGGGAGUGAAUAUGAUGGAGUACGUGGCGGCUCAGCCUGCUUACGGGUAUGGAUAUUAUCCGGGUGGGCCGUACGGUUAUCCGGUUCAAGCCCACGCGCCACAGAUAUUCAGCGAUGAGAAUCCGAAUGCUUGCGUCGUUAUGUGAGGCGGCGGAGGAAAUUUGGACUGUGGUGGUAGAGACGUAAAUAUGCUUAUAAUCCUUGGGGUACUUUCGAGAAAGACUACUUUUUAUUUUCUUGCAUGUUAGUUUUUUUUUGGGUUUUCUAGUACAAUUUCAAUUUUGAAUCUCUUUUUUUAUGGGCACUUUAAAUUCUUAAGUUAAACAUGCAAAUAUUUUCUACGACGAAGAAUGGAAAAUAGAUUUCAUAUUGUUUUUUUUCUUUCUCUAGUCUAAUUUCAGUUGGAAAUAAUAUAAGAAGUAGUUCAAUUGUUUGUUCUUGCUUUUUAUUCAUCAAACCAACCUGCUGUAUUUUAUUCAAAAGGAGAAUAAUUGUUGUCAUUUAAGUUAAAAGAUAAAUCUGAA